AUGCUUGAUCUCGUAAAGUCAGCUUUGGAUGCCUCCAAGGAGCUUGAGGCUCACCCCAGCGGCCCCACGGAGCCGGCGCUGCAGGCGCUGGAGGCCCUGCAAGCGCGCCGCGUCACCGCCGCCCAGCUGGCCUCCUCCCAGGCUGGCAAGCUGCUCCGGCCCCUGCUCAAGCAUGCCUCUCCCGCCGUCUCCCAGGCCGCCGCGUCUGUCAUCGCUGCCUGGAAGGAGUGCGUGCGCCGGGAGGCGGAGGAGGGCCGGGCAACCGGGUGCGGCGGCGGCUCGAUGGCGACCCCGGCCCCCGUCCCCUCCACCGGGGACAAGGUGCGCGACCUGUGCCGCACGACCUUUGCCGCCGCGCUGUGCCUGGCGGUCGAGGAGCUGAGGGCGGCGCCCUCGCCGGACGAGGAGGCCUGCGCCACGCCCGGUGCCCUGGCCGUGGCCAUGGAGGAGGAGCUGCGGCGCCAGCACGGCGGCGUGACCGAGGGCUACAAGGCCAAGUUCAGGUCUCUGUCCUUCAACCUGAAGGACAGGAAGAACCCCGACCUGAGGCGCAAGGUGCUGACGGGGCGCAUCGCGCCCGACCUGCUGGUCACGCUGGCGCCGGAGGCGCUGGCCAGCGACGCGCAGCGGGAGGAGAACGCGCGGAUCCGCGAGAAGAAGCUGUUCGACAGCGCACCCAGCGCGGCCAAGCAGCCCACCACCGACCAGUUCCAGUGCGGCAAGUGCCGGCAGCGCAAGACGACGUACUACCAGAUGCAGACCCGGAGCGCGGACGAGCCGAUGACCACCUUCGUCACCUGCCUCAACUGCAACAACCGGUGGAAGUUCUGCUAA